CCCUCGACCCCGGAGAAACUCGGGCGCCUUUACCCGGUUUCAUUUUCAGUUUAGGCAAAAAUCCCCGCGGGUUGGUGGCGCGGGGACAGGGGACUUUUGCCUAAACUGAAAAUGGGCGGAGCUGACGCAAGGGCGGGGCUAGGGUCUCACAGCUUCCAGAAGAUGUAUGGCUGCGACCUGGGGCCGGACGGUCGCCUCCUCCGCGGGUAUAACCAGUUCGCCUACGACGGCAAGGACUACCUAGCCCUGAACGAGGACCUGCGCUCCUGGACGGCCGCAGACGUGGCGGCUCAGAUCACCCAGCGCAAGUGGGAGGCAGCCAAUGAUACUGAGAGGUUGAAAGCCUACCUGGAGGGCAGGUGCCUGGAGUCGCUCCUCAGAUACCUGGAGAACAGGAAGGAGACGCUGCAGCUCUCGGAGCCGUCUUCCCAGCCCACCAUCCCUGUUGUGGGCAUCAUUGUUGGCCUGGCUGUCUUUGGAGCUGUCGUCACUGGAGCUGUAGUCACUGGAGCUGUGGUCGCUGCUGUGAUGUGGAGGAAGAAGAGCUCAGGUGAGGAAGGGUUAGGAGUGGGGUCUGAGAUUUCUUGUCCCACUGAGGGUUCCAAGCCCCAGGUUGAAGUGUGUCCUGCCUGGUUACUGGAAAGCUUCAUCCACACUCAUGAGCCAACCCAGCCUGGGCCCUGUGUAAGCCGACACAGCACUUACUCUUGUGUAAAGCACCUGGGACAAUGAAGGACAGAUGUAUCACCUUGAUGACUGUGGUGAUGGGGACCUGAUCCCAGCAGUCACAAGUCACAAGGGAACGUCCCUGCUGAGGAUAGUCCUUAGGAGGGCAGUUGGUCGAGGACCCACACCUGCUUUUCUUGUUUUUCCUGAUCCUUCCCUGAGUCUGCAGUCACACAUUUCUGGAAACUUCUCUGGGGUCCAAGACUA